AGUGUGGUCACGGUGCAGUGUCUAAACGGCUAAUUGUGACGUGAAUGUGCAAGUUUUCAAGUACUUAGGCAAGAUAUUUGUUAAGUGAGAUUUUCUAUGUAGGAUGUGAAUAUAUGACUUCAUAAGAUAAGUUGGAGUCAAAUCAUAAUCAACAGAUUUUUAAGAGAACCGUAGACGAGUGCUUUAACAUGGAACAACGAAUUACAUAGUGACGUCAAUCAGUGAAGACGUGAAGCGACAUUCAACGUGUGCCGAUGAUAAAUAAAGCAAUAGUAGCGUGUGUAGUUUGAAAAAAAGACAGAUCGGCCAAUUACCAGACAGAACGGCCAAUAAAACAGACAGAUCAGUCAAUUAAACAGACUGAUUGGCCAAUUAAACAGGCGGAUCGACCAAGAAAUAGUAAUAAGACAUGGGGAAGGGUGCUUCAAAGGAAAAACAGGCCGAGAGAAAUAAUUUGGAACAGACGCUCAAAAAUGAUCCAAUGGACCUGAUUCAGAAGAAUUAUAUAGUUCUUAUAGAGCACCUGGACUCAACCCACGUCAUUGAUCUUCUGUAUCAAGACUUUGUCCUGACUCAUGUAGAACUGGAAGAGCUUCACCAAGAACACGGAGCACAACGUAAAGCUAAGACACUUGUCACCUUACUGAGAAGCAAGACUCCAAAACAGAUUAACAAAUUUAUUGACAUUAUCAAAGAUAUCCAGUCGUAUCUCUAUAAUAUUAUGGUUUCCAACUCACUGCAUGUUUCCGGUUCGGGUAUUGGCUGGACAGAUAAUACUGAUCAAGUUUGUGAACCCUGUAAAGAGCAAGACAAAGAACUUACAGCCACCGACUGGUGUUUUCAAUGUUGUGAAGUUAUGUGUUCAGAUUGUGCCAAAAUCCAUACAAGUAUGAAACUUCUCCGGCAUCAUUCCCUAAAGAAACUGUCCGAUCUCAGGCAACCUGCAAAAGAAGGCGUUCCUACUAUACCAGGAAAGAUGUUGAAAUCAAAAGAAGCUGUGUCAAAAUUUCUGAGAGUAAAUUCUGGCACCCCUAUGCCCGUUUCUAUCAGUGGUGAUAAAGAAGGCUCUGCGGGUGCUACAGACUUGUUACACACCGUUAUCGAUAACAUCUCCAUCUUACUAGUCUCGGAUUGGCAUAACGAAAGUGUGAAAUCAUUUGCAGAGAUUGGAACAAAGGUAAAGUGUAAAAGACUAAAAAUGGCGGGAUGUCCUUUUCGAAUGACAAAAAUAUCUCCCAAUAAAAUAGCAGUGACAAUGUCCACCAGUUUCCUCAUCACUAUCAUCAAUGUUGGUGUUGGUGUUCUUGAGAAGUCCUCGGAAAUACUGGCCGCCAAGAAGUACGAUGGUAUUUGUUAUUUGGGAUCAGGUAAAUUUGCUGUUAGUGGUGAAACCUUGGAUAUUAUUAACUCCAGCGGUGAUAUUUUGACCACCAUCGACGGUGAAGAUGGACGGAGUCUGUUCAGUAAUCCGGACUAUUUGGCAAAAACUCCACGUGGAGAUAUCGUGUUGUCCGAUCACAGGAACUGUCGAGUUGUGUGUAUAAGCCAAAAGGGGCACAUCAACUGGGUUUUUCAAAAGCAGACGGAGCCCAAAAUGGAGUGUCCGCAUGGUGUUAGCUGUGACGUAAACGGUAACGUAUACGUAGCUGAUUGGGAUCGGCAUAAUAUAAUUCUAUUGUCUCCAGAAGGAACUCUAAAACAGAUCCUUGUUGCGGCGAGCAACCGAUUAUAUCGACCCCGAACCGUUUGUACGGAUGAGAAUGGUAGUAGACUGUUUAUCGCUGAAGACAGCGGACUCGUAAAGAAAUAUAGAGUACUGUCAACAUAACGAACCAUUUGGUGUUUUUAUAGGUUCCAGCAUCUAUAAGAAACAACUAGCAUACGUCAGUGCUUUGGGCUAUGCAGUAAAACUGCAUUUUCCCCAAAUCGUCGCCAAAGAACAUUAAUGGGUAAAGCUUGUUCGUAUCGUACAAGAAAAGAAAAGUUUUAAAUUUAUGCCAUGAUGAGUAUGACAAUUAUUGAUCAAGUGUCACAAUGUAGAAUAAAUGCCAGUCAUCGUCAACAAAUCAAAGCUUCUAUAUUUUGUUAUAGAAUUCCUUCCCAUCCUAGCUUGGGAAUCCUGAUUUUCUGGAUGACUUUUGUUGAGAUAAUUAUGCACAU